AUACAUGAGAUUGAUGUGAUGGAAUUUCGUAGUCAUAAUCUGAGGAAUAUCUAGCUAUAUAACUCUUAACACGAGAGUGUGUCUGAUGGCCAUGAAAAUCUGUCCCUUACAUUAUUUACAUUGAAAAUGUAUCCGGAAUCCCAUGAAAACCAUCAUGAAUAUUGCUACUAGCAUGUCAACCCAGCAGACUCCGGUUAGCUCGGCCUCCAGCCAACCCGCAGACACUAAAUCGCUUUGUUUUCCUCUCAGCUCUACAGACAAUGAGUCUCGUGACAUUCAGGAAUCAACCAUUACAUCAGAAGGCAAGAAUAACGAAAAAAAUCAUUCAGAGGAGGGAAAUGAAACCAGGAAAAGCAUCGUUAUCAAAGAGGAGUGGAUACAGCCUCCUCCUCACUUGUUGGAGCUCCAAACUCCAACCCCAGCAGUGCUCACCAAACGGCGACGAACAGUGCUGUCCAUUGCUGAUAAAGCCGAUUUGAUACGGCGAAUGCACGAGGGAGAGUCUCAAAAGCAGUUGGCACUUGAAUAUGGCAUCGGCACUUCAACCGUUUCCGAUCUGAAAAAACAUGAAGUUGAAAUCCUUAGGCACGUGGAGGCCAAUGGUGAACUAGUCGCCAGGAAUAGGAGGAAGCUCGAGUCCGGAGCCAAAGCUGAUGUCGAGGAGGCUGUUCUGGAUUGGUUAUUGAAGGAGGUCAGUAGAGGAAGAGAGGUAUCUGGAUCCGAGGUAAUGGCGCGCGCCCGCCAAGAACAUCUCCGACUGCGAGGCACCACCGAAUUCCGUGCAAGCACCGGAUGGCUUGAAAGAUUCAAGCGACGGUACAACAUCCGGGCCUUCAAGCCGGGUCAGGAGAGCAGUUGGCAACGCACAGUUCCAAGAUCAAUUUUCGGAGAGAAAGGCACAAGAGGUAGACGGCGAGGCCGUCCCUCCCAUACCAUGCCCACCAAAGUUCGUCCCCGUGAUGUAUUGGAACAAGUAUUCGAAGGCUCCUCAUCUUUGCUAAAAUCUGAGGUCGAGAGUCCAGAAGAAGGCGAGUAUUUGGAGUAUAAGGGCGACGAAGAGUUGUUCACGGACAACGAAACCACCACCUUCCAGCCUGUUGUCCGCCUCGAGGAAGGACACUUUACUUUUAAUAUUCCUCCGGUUGAGGAAAUUCCUUCUGCCAGCGAGGCGGCGAGCCUUCUCUCCAAAGCACUAGUGUGGGCAGCAGCACAACAAGACACUACACCUCAAGAACUGUUUGUCAUGAAGGAAUUACAGACAAAAGCAGCAAUGCGAAGCAUUGGGAAGAGUCCUCACUGAUUCCAGGGGAAAAAUACUAAAACUUAAGUCACCAUGUCCCCAGGUGCCCAAAGAAUGUUGCCUUAGUUAGUUGUAAAUUCAUAUGUAUCUUAAGGGAUCCAUUCGUCAGUAUUGUAUUUAAGGAACUUUUUUUUUUUUUUUUUUUUUCCAGUGAAAUAAAAUUGCUAUAUUUAAAGAUGUAAGGAAAA